AUGGCGGCCACAUCCAAUUUUGGCCAUUCUGUCUACUCUGAACAACAAAAUACACGCCCUUCUUCAAUAAAGAAACACCAGUCGAAAAUUUGUAAAUUCGAAAAUGUUUUGGUCAGAUUGCUUCCAUUGCAAAACCCGUGUCACGUGACCACACUCCAUUCAACCCCCAUUCAUUGGCCCAUCAACGCUCCGACAAAGAAACAAAAUUCACCAAUAAAUAUUCCGCACCACUUCAAACAGCCAGUGGCAACCCUUUCUUGUCCGAACUCAACCGGACGCCCCCAGAUACCAGGAAGGUGCCCUCCAAAUUUUCGCCCUCCGGCGCCUGUCUGCAGUACCACAACCUCUGUAUUUGCGGUGGCCCUCCCAAUUAUUCCAUUUGUUGUUAGGACACUCGAAGCAUAUAAGACACCACAUCCACGCAUCAGCCCGGGCCUGUCAAUCCACAUUUCAGCCAUUCCGUCUAUUCCAGGGCUCCUAACCGUAGCAAACUAUAUAUAG